UGGGAAUCUGGAAUGAUUUCUUCUGAAGAGAGGUCAAUUUCUUCUUCUUCAAUCGGGUCCAACACCUGACCUCCUCUGAUCUUGCUCAAAGCUGCACCUUUCGCUGUCAAUCCACAGGUUUGGGGGAACUGUUUAUUUAGUUGUAUAUGUUUUAAACAAGUGUUGCCGACUCUUCCUUUACUUCGUUUUUUCCCCAGCUGGGAUUUGAUGGCUACCAACAAUUGGAGGCCUAAUCCUCCAGGUGGGGAACCUGCGAGGGACACGGGUGAUUGGAGAGCUCAGCUGCCGCCUGACUCUGGAAGAAGGCUGAUUGGCAAGAGGAAGUCUCUGGAUUCCCCAGCCCAGACAGGACAUGAUAAUGAGGCUGAUUGGCAAGAGGAAGUCUAUCAAAAGAUCAAAUCCUUGAAGGAGACUUACUUGCCUGAAUUGAAUGAAAUGCACCAAAAAAUUGCUGCUAAAUUUCAGAAGAAUGAGUCUCUUCCACAAUUUCCAAAGCCAGAGCAGCUUGAGAAGCUGAAAGUCGUCAAGGCUAUGUUGGAGCGCAUUAUAAAUUUCUUACUGGUUCCCAAACAUGGUAUUCUACCCAAUUUCAAAGAGAAGUUGGGUUCCUAUGAGAAGCAGAUUAUAAACUUUAUAAUCUCAAACAGGCCAAGGAAGCUUGCUCCUUGCCAGCAGCUAGGAGGCCCAGGACAGCUUCUGCCAACUCAAAUGCACUCCAUGCAGCAGUCACAAUCUCAACUUACUCUAAUUCAGUCUCAUGAAAAUCCGAUAAAUCCACCAACCCAGUCAAUGAAUAUACAGGGUCCUGCAGCCACAAUGCAUCAGAAUAGUAUGGCAAAUUUGCAGCAGAGUUUUUUGUCUCAGCAAAACAUGAUGAAUUCACUCCAACCAGGCUCCAAUUUGGAAGUCUAUCAAACUGAUUGGCAAGAGGAAGUCUAUCAAAAGAUCAAAGCCAUGAAGGAGACUUACUUGCCUGAAUUGAACGAAAUGCACCAAAAACUUGCUGCUAAAUCUCAAAAGAAUGAAUCUCUUCGACAACCCCUAAAGCCAGAUCAUCUUGAGAAGAUGAAAGUCUUCAUGGCUGUGUUGGAGCGCAUUAUAACUUUCUUACUGGUUCCCAAACAUGGUAUUCAACCCAAUUUCGAGGAGAAGUUGGGUUACUACGAGAAGCAGAUUAUAAACUUCAUAAACUCAAACAGGCCGAGGAAGCCUGCUCCUUCUGAGCAGCUAGGAGGCCCAGGACAGCUUCUGCCAGCUCAAAUGCACUCCAUGCAGCACUCACAAUCUCAACAGACUCAAAUUCAGUCUCAUGAAAAUCUGAUAAACCCACAGGCCCAAUCAAUGAACUUACAGGGUUCUGCAGCCACAAUGCAUCAGAAUAGUAUGCAGCAUAGUUCUCUGUCUCAGCAAGACAUAAUGAAUUCACUCCAGCCAGGCUCUAAUUUGGACUCUGGACAAGGAAAUGCAUUGAUCUCAACGCAGCAGGUUCCUGUGGGAUCUCGGCAACAAAAUCCUGUCAGCGCUCCCCAACAAGUCAAUAUGAAUGCCCUGUCAACUCAAAGUGAGGUGCCCAUGCUUCAGCAAAACAUUAAUCCCCUUUAGUCAAACUCUAAUAUGCUACAACAGCAGGAGCUGAAAAUGUUAGACACAGCAGCAGUUCAAACAACAAUAUCGACCGCGUUACUCAAAUUUUAUACCUGUCUCUCUCAUAAUGUGACCCUAUUUUGAUGAACUUUUCUAAAAAUCAUGUAGUUUUAUAGUAAUUGAAAAAAAUAAAUGAAGGAAUAUUGUACCUGAAUGAAUGUUUUGCAUCAGUAAUUUUCGUUGUGAUUUAUUUUUGUGUAA